AUGAGAGCACUCAACUCUCGACGCCCACGGUCAACUACGAGCAUCCACCGGCUCGUCCCUCUCUGUUUCAUCCUUCUGCUUUGCGUCCUUCACGCACGAGCGCGGAGUGUGCCUCACGAUGACGGCGGUGUCAUUGCGGAUCAAGUGCACGGCAAAAUUUCGGAACCGGUGAGCGAUUUCAAUCCUGAUGGCGUGGACAAGGAGGAAGUGGAUCAAGCUCGAAAAAGCUUGACGGUAGCAGAAGAUGAUACAGAUGAAGAUGUUAGUGGCGAAGAAAGAAAGGAUCCAACGGAAGAGAUACUCGUCGAGGAUCCUGAAAAGAUCCAGACCGAAGCUGCCGAAGGUGAUGAAGGUAGCUUAUUAUUUGUGGCGAAGAAAAGACGACGGAACGACGUGAGCCUCUCCGGUAAGCCCGUGUUGCAGGAUGGCGAGAAUAUUGCACAGCCUGUCGAAGAGAAUGCGCAGAAGGACGAAGGUAUUCGACGAUUUGACGCACAGGUCGAGUCCGACGAUACCGUGGAACUGGACCAACGAAAGAUACAGGACAGUAUCAUAGAAGACAGCUCGGAUUCGCAGGGAGAUACCAUUGAGAUCAACGUCGAACAAUUGCACGAGGGUGUGAAAAACGUGGAUGUGAACGGCGACGAAGAUAGGGCGCAGCCGGAAGAGGAAAAACACGCAGACCCUUCUUCCAAUCUUGACGAGAAUUUGGAGGACGCCAGCUCGAAACAGACGGAAAAUAUAGAUUUAAAUAAGGAAGAAACGGAGCAGAUCGAGAAUGUGGCAGAACAUAAUUUGGAUGGGGCACGAAUAGAGAAUACCGAGGAAGUGAGUGAGGAUGUACGCAAUGAGCUUCGUAGCUUACAUCAUGCUCAAGCGGAAGAAACUGAGAAGAAUCAAGAAGAACACGUCGUUGAUGAGGUUUCGAACGAUGAAGAAAUCGGUGACAAAGAUCUGAAUCUGAACAGAGAGAAUAGAGCCAGCGUUCCAGAGAAAUUGGUUGAGGUUGACGCUGCUGAAAAGGACGAGAUUCGCAAUCAACGUGAUAGCGACGUGAACGUGGUAGCGACGACUCAGAGUGAGGAUCUUGAUCAAUCACCUCCAACGACGGAAACUUUAAACCGUCUUCAGAAGUGGAAGAGUCAAGCCGCGUUUCUUCAGGAUCAAAUCAAGAACAGAACGUUUCUUCAGUAUUUGAGGGAACAGGCAAUCCAGGUGCUCCCUGACAUUCCGAAAUUCACGGAAAUUGAGUUGCUGAAUACUUUGAAAAAUAUCGCGCUAACGCGGGAAUCACCUGCGAAUGAAACGUAUUGGGCUAGCUUGAACACAACUGAAUUAACCGAGAAUCAAUUGGAAAUAAUAAAGUGCGCCGAGCAACUGGUGCAGACGAAGCAGCGACAGUCGUUUGUGCAGAACAUGGGGGAAUGCAUUAGCGGUCUCAGUGUCUUGAAUUGCAUACGCAUCUUCGUCUGGCCCGUCGUGCUCGACAAUCUCCCGGAGCCAGUCAGGCAGUCUCUGAACAACUUAUCUCCGAUCGAGAUAAACUUGAUUGACCUGUUUCAGGGUAACAGGGCCAAGUCCGCAAGAUCGGAGAGCAACGUACAUCGUCCGCGGCUGCUGACGCCCGAGUUUAUUGUCUUCAACAUUCUAAAAGGCGCUCUGGAGUCGAAAGUCACCUACGAUUUGGCGCCGAGCUACAUCGAUCCGACGAAUGAAACCCUGAGGGCACUGCUCACCGUCGGUCAACUCCAGAUCCUGCAGAUGGCCGAGAAACUUCUACCCGGUGAGAUACGUCGCGAAUAUUCCGACAGGAUGUUCUCGUGCGUGCGCAGGUUCGAGUACUUCAGCUGCGUCAAGUACUUCGCCUGGCCGAUGGUGCAGCAGUAUCAUCCGACGCUGCCGGCUUUCCCGGAUUAUCAGAGUUGGUACCCGGGAUCGAUAGCUUUGUACCCGCAGUAUCCUAUCGUUCCUUUUCCCAGUUUCGUGGGCGAGCUUCCGGAAGUCGUCGAGGCUGACGCUACGAGAAUGCGGAAGCCUAAGCCAGAAGCGGUGAUCGUGAACAUUCUUCAGAAUACCCUGAAGGAGCACGCGAAGGUAUCACCUCCAUCUCUCGCCAGUACGGAUUCUUACGUCGCUGUACUCCCCCCCGAACAAUUAUUGUCGAUACACAUGGCUGAGCAGCUACUUCCUAUUCCGUAUCGUCCGGAAUUCGUUCAGAAGACCGUUAAAUGUAUUGAAGAAUACAAUUAUGUGACCUGUAUUAAGUAUUCCACUUGGCCGACGGUCAAGCAAUUUAAUCCAGGUCUACCGGAUAUUUCCGAUUGGCUACCGGACUGGCAGUUGCCCAAUGUUUUCGGUUAUUUCCCGAAUUUUCAGAUUCCCGAUUUUUCCUCGUUUUUACCGGCGUUUUUGGGAGGCAGCCAGUCAUCGACUACACCGACUCCACCGAUCACUGAAACACCAUCGGAAUCUAGUAAUUCCACUGCAGGAGACACGCUCGGUCCGAUUUCCAUAUUAUUAUCUCGUCAAAGUGAAGUUUCUUCUAAAGCAUCCAGCGAGUUAGAGAACAAGAUUACAGAUAUUUUAACAAAGGUACGUACUUCCCUGAGAGCGACACCGAAAAAUUCGCAUUUAGUCGUCAGCGAAAACGUAAUUGUUUUGACAACCAUCACUGAGAAACAACUUAACAUAUUGCGAUUAGCAGAGAGCCUUGUACCGCCCCCGGCACGGGCUCCUCUCGUCGCUCAAGUUAUGUCUUGCCUCCAGACGAACAAUGACUUUCUCAACUGCACCAGAUACGUCAUUUGGCCCACAGUCGCUCUUUACGUUCCCAAUUUCCCCGAGUUUCCCAAUGAUUUAUCACUCACCCAACAACCACCAAAACAAGAAGAUCAAGCAUCAUUGAAAGACAGGAACGCUUCGCAUCAGGCUAACAAGGACCAGCAGGAGUGGAAUAAAUCGCAAACAAAUUCCAACGUGAAGAUAAUCUCAAGAACGAAAUUUCCGCAGAGUAACAGUCCCGUGAUUAGCGUUACUGGUACUCGAUUUGUGCCAAUAUUCACGGAACAUCCCGAAUCGGUGAUACUCAACAUUCUCAAGACGAUUCAGCUGUCUUCGCCUAACGUGCGAGAUGAUCAGGGUGUCAAAAUCACCAGCACGCAAGAGUUCGGCGAUCUGCUUAACGAUCAGCAAUUGAAUAUCCUUAAGAUAGCGGAGAGUUUGUUACCCGAUGCAGCCCGUCCAGCUUCCGUCAAUCGAAUGAUAGAAUGCGUUCGCAAGGGUAACUUUUUAGAGUGCUCGAGGAACGUCCUAUGGCCGCGUUUAUCGGAAUAUUUCCCUAGACUGCCCAGCUUUCCGAAUUUUGGAGGAUAUCCUCAAGCGACAAACAGUAAGUCCACGUUAACUCAGAAUCUAACUGACCCAUCACCAUUUUCAGAGACUGACGUUAAAGUCGGCCAGCACGGAGACGCUACUGUUACCAUCACAGACACCAGGUUUCAUCCCAUCUUUUCGGAACAUCCAGAAGGUGUAAUUUUAAAAAUUCUCAAGACCGUGCAGGAUUCUACCCCGGGUGUCCUAACUUCAAGAGGGUCGCCAAUUACGUCGCACUUCACGGAACAGCAAGGUAAUAUUGUUCAGGUCGCAGAAAGUCUGUUACCGGAGUCGGCAAGACCGGUCUUCGUGGAAAGGAUGGUCACUUGCGUUCGAGAGAGCACGUUUCUCGAGUGCACGAGGAAUAUAGCUUGGCCAACUAUUGCUCAAUUCUUCCCGAGACUGCCAAACUUUCCCAAUUUUGGAAGCUACCGAACUCUGCCGAGGACGAAACUCAAUUCGAUUCUACUGCAAAACAUUUAUUCCGAGAAUCAGACAUCUAAUGAGAAGAGUGAAAAUACGCCGAAGACUGCUGUAGAUACGAUCGAGGAUAAAAUAGAGAAUGCAUUGAAGAAUCUGUUGAGCAAGAACUCGUCGCCGCGUUUGGAAAAUUCCUAUCUGGAUGUCAAUAAUCCUGUGAUAGGCACUCUUCUAACUGGUCGAGAAAUGAACAUUGUUAGAUUAGCGGAAAGGACAAUACCGGAUUCGACACGUCGCGAAUACGUAACCAACAUGCUGGAAUGCGCGAGAAGCAAUAAUUUCGUGACCUGCACCCAGCAUGUCACUUGGCCGACCGUGAGGCAAUUUUCGCCGAAUCUGCCGAACUUCGAGGAGUUCUUCGGUCAAUUUCCAUUCCCCGGCGUCGGUCAAAUUCCCGGUAUCGGUCAGUUUCCUGGCGCGGGUCAAAUCCCUGGUAUCGGACAGAUUCCUGGCGCGGGUCAAAUCCCUGGUAUCGGACAGAUUCCUGGCGGGGGUCAAAUCCCUGGUAUCGGACAGAUUCCUGGCGGAGGUCAAAUCCCCGGUAUCAGCCAGAUUCCUGGCGCGGGCCAAAUCCCUGGACAGAUCCCGGGUAUUCCCGGAAAUCCUUUCGCCGAAGGCCCCAGCUUACCACAGUUUCCUUUCCCUCAAAUCCCUAUGUUACCAGGCGGAUUUCAAAUUCCUCAGUUUCCAGGAUUGCCUAGCUUUGGCGGCAUAAAUUAUUCGCAACUUGAAAUUCUAUCGGACGCGCCGCAGGAGUCGAAAUCGCAGGAGGCCAAGUCGCAGACGAAGGAGCAGACGAUUCAGUCAAAAGUUGCGCACGUAGUGGAGCAGACGAACCAGAUAAGUGGAGCAUCGAGAGCUUCGAAAACUUCGUCAGUAGACGAGCAAGGAAUCGUUCCCGGAUAUCCUGGACAACCGUCGAACAUUCUCAUAGAUAUUUCCAAGGAAAGAGUCCAUUUGUCUGAUCUUGAGCAACAGCGAGGUUCAUUGUCAGAAUCCGUUCUCUCGGGCGCAUCGUCCAAGAAACACGAGAGGGGACGAAGAAGUACCGAUCAAUUAUUAAAUUCUUACUACGAGACCGAGGGAGAAAUUAAACGGGCUUCGGAGACGACAAUGGACAGCGUGUUCCCAAACAUCACGGAAUCCGAUUUUCUUCAGCUUCUAGUUAAUAUUACGAAAUCCGAGAAAAUUGUGGAAAAAAAUCCCGAAAAGAAUUCAAAGAAAUACUUCGUGGAUACCUUAAAUUCUACAGUCAGAAAUUCUCUAACCGCCGAUCAGUACGAGAUCUUGAAACUGGUGGAAGAUUUGAACGAGCAUACCACGAAUCGCGGUUUACUGUCGCAAGUAGUUCAGUGCAUACUUAGCUUGAGCUUCAUCAGAUGCAUGGGCAUUUUCAUUUGGCCAGUAAUCACUAGUACCGUGCCAUCUUUGAUCGGCUUGCCGUCAUUGCCUUUCGGAAGAUCGACAGAGACCGAAGUACAGAAUUUCUUUGGCAUGUCCACGAACGAUUUUGAGAAGGAACUGCUGACGAGAAAGGAAUCCAUGGAAAAUAUUUUCCUGGAUUGGUACAAGACGGCAAUGGAGGAAAAGUUUCAGGUAGAUCUGGGUUUUCUGAAGCUUACUGGUUACGGGAACGGCGAAGUCGGGAUCAGUUUCAGUGGAUUCCGCGAGGGUAGAGCUACGAAGAUCAAAGACAACAAGAACUUGCCGAGUAUUCUGACGAUCAUCAGCGAUAUCAUGGAAGAAGUACUGGAUCAGCGGCCGGACCACGAGAAGAUCAAGAAGGAUAAAGAAAAGAAGGAGAGAAGUCUGGAUGACGUGCAAGAGGCGAACUUUCAGCUUCUACAAGAAAGCGACGAGUACGCGGACAUUAAGCGAUCCAUAAACGACGAUCAGAUAAUCACCAUGUUUCUGGAUAAAAUCAAGGCCAACGCAACGGAUUUCGCCGAUGGUGAUGUCGCUCAGUUCCUCGACGUAGAGAACGCUUACAACGCUUUCAGCGUACUCUUCGGGACCCGUUUGAACGAGAAGUUUGCGAGCAGAUUGAAGGCUUUUACCGAGGAACAUCUAAAGAAAGAUAAUCCUGAGAAGCAUAUGAAAAAUCUCAGCGCGGAGGAACUAAAGGUAACACCUUUGAAGGGAGAAAUUACCUAUGAGCUUGAAAAAGAAUCUAUAAAAAGUGAAGAGGAACGUAAAAGGGAACACCGUGGAAAGAACGAAUUCAGAUCUGUGCUGAAUGAGUAUUCAGAAAAGUUAGCAAAGCAAAAAGUUUUUACGGAGAAGCUCGAAGAUCCAGAUAACGAUAAUAGGAUCAAGGACACCGAAUCGUCUUCCGACAAGAAUAUACGCUCGGAAUUGAGGAUCCAGUUGCCACUUUUGCGAGAGGACUUUAUGUCCAGGAAAGUCACGAGCACGGUGAUACAUCUCGGAAGAGCAUUGAAGAUGAAGAUGAACACUUUGAUGCCUGGAAUCGGUUUCGUGAUAAGUUUCAUCAUUCAAAUGGCCUUGGCUCACGCGAGAGCGGCUGCUACCAUGGCUGGUAUGAUCAGCAACAUGGCCCUCGCAUCGGCCAUGUUCGGUAUGAUCCGACAAAGCUUGUUCGGGUCGGAAAAUCCGCAGAUUAAAUAUGUAUACGACAAUGAUAAGAUGGGUCCGGGGAUUACUUGGCCGAACCACCAUAGGUCAUAUUAUCAUCAUGGAAAAUAGUAUUUUGAUUCGCCCAAUCAAGUUUACUUAUCGUUCUUGAUGUAUACUAUAUUAAAAUCUAAAAUACUAAAUGUGUGUGCCUUGUUAAGAAUUUUAUAUACGUCUCUGUCGUUACAGACUUUCCUCGAAGUCUGAAACAAAUCGGAUUAUACAUUGGGUUAGCUUUAAUUUUUUAUAUUAAUAUUGUCGUGGUCGCGUUUAUAAAACAAUAUAGUUUUAUGACGAUUACGGUUUCUAUGCCUAAUAAUUCUUUGCGUCAAAAAAUUUCACUACUUCCUGAAAAGAGAUUAGUUGAAGAGUUAGAUAUUAAUAGUUUCUAUGUGGAUGCGUCUACAUUGUCUUUCGAUACAUUUUACUUUACAUUUUAGCAACACGGGAUUCAAAUAGAGUAUAUUUUCAAAAGUUAGAAUAGAUAAUAUUUAGAAUCUGAAGAAACGGUAUUUUCGUAGAUGGUUAUGGAAACAAUUCCUCGCAAUUAUAAUCAUGCGCCAUUCGCAGGAGAUAUUUAUUUCAUUGUCAUGGGAUUAUAUGGUGGUGGGUGACACUUUUUCAUAUUUUCUUAAAGAUGAUAUAACGAGUACGGCAUUAAAAAUUAUAUAUCAUAUAGUUGUAUCGCAGAAAGAAUAUUGAACUGCUAGCGUAGAUUUUAAGACUGACAUGCUCUUUAAUUAUGUCUGAUUAAAAAUAAAUGAA